CCCCUUUCUUAAACACUGUAGAUUACGCUCUAACAAUUUAUAGCGCUAGAUAACUAUGCUUAUUAUCCUAAAUGUGCAACCAUCGUACAACAGACUUAGACCUCCUCUUAUUACAACAUACCUCCCUUACACAUACACCUACCGCAACACCUACCCAGCAUAUCUCGUACUUUAUCCUCUCCUCUUAAAUCCCGCCCAAAACUAUACCUCCCUCCUCCAGCCUCUCCCCACCCCCAAGUCUCUCUCUUUCCCAACAACAUCCUUCAUCAAUCCCCUCCAACAACCACUCCCACCUCAUAAUCAUAUCCUGCAAAACCCCACCCCAUUCGCACAAAAACCGCACUCACACGCAGAGAUAAAACAUUACAAUUACCUCCCCUACCCCUACCUAUAAAACGCCCUUAUAAACCCCAAUCUACCCAUUCAUUUCCCAUUCCCAAUCCUUCCACAAACUCCAAGCGCCACCUUUUCCAAAUGGUAUCAAGAAAUCCCAUUAUCCAAAGAGAG